AUGCAUACUGACACGUGCACAACGGCCCAUGCGGUUACUGUGAUAGGAUCGCUCCAACUUAGCCUCUACGCCGGCGCCUUGCCUCAAUUCAGCCCCUGCGCAACGUCCGGACGCUACGGCGUCACGACAACUCGUGUCUCGUAUCUGCGUCAUGGCAACGUCAGCUGGAUCUCCGGGGCUAUAAGGAGAACGCUCUCGCGACUUUGGAGCCCACUCGAGGUUCUCCGAAGACCCGCUCCAUGA